GGCAGCUUUACCUAUUUACAUUUUACCUUGGAUGCAGUGUUUACAUGGCUUAUAUCCAAAUUUUUAAUAGUGUUUGUGAUGUGCUGUGUUCCAGAUAUUUCAAAGUAACAAUAAUAAAAGGAAUAUCUAAGACACAUCUAAGAAAUUAUUUGGAAUUUUGAAAAUACAAAGUAAGGGGAAAAGUAAAGGAAAUCUUUUAAGUUAAAUAAAUAACGGUAUAGACCACAUAUUUGAAAUGUGUUUUCAGUUGCCAUUUUCAGCUAAAUUAAAAUGGGUGAAAAUAUUGAGUUCCUGACAUUGCUAUUAUAUUUUUAAAGGAAGUGAUGUGCAUUGCAGGUCUACAAUAUUCAAGUUGAAUAUUCAUUCUGCCAACUAGUAAUUUACACAUAAGACCCGAGAAGAAGCUGGUGCCUAAGAUAUUUUAAAUUAGGGAUUCCAAUAUGCCCUCCUUGGAAGAGAUGAUUUAAAGAGGGAAGUGAUGUGAGGGUUUACGGAGGGCUUAUCCUUUAUCUUUCUGACUUCCUACACAGCAUGUUUAUUCUGAGCAUUCUGUAUGCCAGGGAAAUCUUAAAGCAGGGAUCAUUUAUUUAGCAUGAGUAGGCCAAAACUAGCUAUGUUUUCACUGUCACAACCAAGUUUUGGAACUUCUUAUAGGAACCUUUGAAGAGCAGGCUGGCUGUGAGGUUAAAUCUUUACAAAGGAAUUAAUACUUUUUGAGGUAUUAAUUGUCCAGCUAUUACGUGUGAAAUUGUUUUCAAGUAUUUUAAAGCAAUCAGUAUUUGAAUCAAAGAGUGAGAAAUAUAUUUGGUCCCUUUAUUAAAAUGGCAAAGUAGGGAUGGGCAUUGAACAGUGCAUUUCAGUUUAAUUCCUCUGGCUGGAUUCUGGGAAAUGUUACUAUGCAAACUUGGAAGUCUAAAGUGUGACUAGAAGCGUAGGAUAUUAGACUAUCUUUUGUCAUAUAAUAAGAUACUUUGAAAAGGUUAGAAUAGGAAUCGCGUAAUUUUGACUUUGGCCCCAGAUCAUGACACUUUGAUCUCAGUUUCUUUAUAUUAAAAGAGAGGGCUGAACUGGGUUUAUUCUUUCAGUAGGCCCUUAAUUAGGUGUCCUUGUCUACAUUGCCAAACCAUUCGACUUGUCAGUGACUAAACAGCCAGGCCAUUAUUUUGACGAACAGUUAUUCCCUCCACAGCAAUGUGCUUUUUGUAGAUACACAAUCACGUAUCAAUAAAGCCAUAAAGGAUCUUAAAGUUCAUUUUGCUCAACUCCUUCCUUUCCUAAAGAAGGAAACUGAAGCUGCAGAAGUAGCCUGUAUAAAUUAGUAUUAUGUGGUAGCAAUCUUCUGUCUUUGAACAUUUAAACUACCCAGGACGUUUUACAUUUUAAUGAAUUUCAUUUACAGUGUGGAUUACAGUAUUGGGUGGGAUUGCAUAGUACUUCUUCAAACCUCUUAGAACUGUCAGGUCUCACAUGGCAAUGAAAUUAUUGUUGAGGAUAGGAUUGCAGCAGCUAAAAGAAAAAAAAAAAACAAUAGAACCUGAGUUUGGAGGAAGCUUAAAGGUCAUAAUUGAGGAAAUAGGAAGGGAAUUGGGUACUGAGGGCAUGAAUAUGCUAGAGAGAUUUAAUGCUUUACUGAAAUGGAGAGACUCCACUGUCUGGUUGGGACUUUUUGUCUUAUUUUUAAAAACACAGCUAACACCAGUUUGGACUUCUCUCUGGAUGACAAGAGGCAUCUGUCAUUUCAGUAUCUUUUUUCCCAGCCCACCCACACCUGCUAGGGUUCUCUGACGUCCAGUGUGUACAGCCAGCCACAACGCUGCUGCUCCCCAAGUGCCCGCAUAACCAGCUCGCUGGGGACGAGUUGUGAGAGCUGGCUGUAGCAUGUUGAUCCCAUUUUGCCCUGCUCUCGUCCGAGUUAGGGAGUGGUUCUAGAACUUGCAGUGUUUUUGUGCUCGGGUACGAGUGCAUUGUUUUCUUCCAGGCAGAGUUGGUUAGCGCUUCAGCUUAGACAUUUAUUUUGCGUUCUGUCGUCUUGGGCUGCGUGUACUCUCUUGUUUCUGCUCUCUCCACGCCCUUCCCAGUUUCCUGUUAGCCAAGGGGAUCGCUCUUUCCUAACGAAAAGUUCUCAGAGAGGAGUCCAACCUCCCAGAAAAUGCUCUUCUCUUCCGUGUGCGCCGGAUGCGGGUGGGGGUGGGCCAGAAACUAAACGCUGUGGUCGGGACAGCUGAAAGGACCCGAACCUGAAGGGAGAGGAGUCGGAGAGGAUGGCUGGGGCCGGCGGCCAGCACCACCCUCCGGGCGCUGCUGGAGGAGCCGCCGCCGGGACCGGCGCCACGGUCACCUCCGCCGCUGCCUCGGUGGGGCCCGGAGACGAUUCGUCGGACAGCGAAGCGGAGCAGGAGGGACCACAGAAACUGAUUCGUAAAGUGUCCACCUCAGGCCAGAUCCGGACCAAGACCAGUAUUAAAGAGGGACAAUUAUUGAAGCAAACCAGCUCUUUCCAAAGGUGGAAAAAGCGAUACUUCAAACUUCGAGGCCGCACCCUUUAUUAUGCAAAGGACUCAAAGUCUCUGAUAUUUGAUGAAGUUGACCUCUCAGAUGCCAGUGUAGCUGAAGCAAGCACAAAAAAUGCUAACAACAGCUUCACGAUAAUCACUCCAUUCAGAAGGCUAAUGCUGUGUGCUGACAACAGGAAAGAGAUGGAGGAUUGGAUCAGCUGCUUGAAGUCUGUACAGACCAGAGAAACUUAUGAGGUGGCCCAGUUUAACGUGGAGCAUUUCUCAGGGAUGCAUAACUGGUACGCCUGCUCCCAUGCCCGACCCACCUUCUGUAACGUGUGCCGAGAAAGUCUCUCUGGAGUCACCUCCCACGGCCUCUCCUGUGAAGUGUGUAAAUUCAAGGCUCACAAAAGGUGUGCAGUGAGAGCAAUAAACAACUGCAAGUGGACGACUCUGGCCUCCAUUGGGAAGGACAUCAUAGAGGACGAAGACGGCGUAGCCAUGCCUCACCAGUGGCUCGAGGGCAACUUGCCCGUGAGCGCCAAAUGUGUUGUCUGUGACAAAACAUGCGGCAGCGUUCUCCGUCUACAAGACUGGAAAUGCCUUUGGUGUAAAGCAAUGGUACACACUGCCUGCAAAGAUUUAUACCAUCCUGUAUGUCCACUUGGCCAGUGUAAAGUAUCUGUCAUACCUCCAAUUGCACUAAACAGCACUGAUUCUGAUGGUUUCUGUAGAGCAACCUUUUCCUUCUGUGUUAGUCCUCUACUGGUUUUUGUCAAUUCCAAGAGCGGAGACAAUCAGGGAGUAAAGUUCCUCCGUCGCUUUAAACAGUUGCUAAAUCCGGCUCAGGUGUUUGAUUUAAUGAACGGAGGUCCUUAUUUAGGUUUAAGAUUAUUUCAGAAGUUUGACAAUUUCCGGAUUCUUGUUUGUGGAGGAGAUGGAAGUGUGGGUUGGGUUUUGUCAGAAAUUGAUAAGCUCAACUUGAUCAAACAGUGUAAAGUGGGAGUAUUGCCUUUGGGUACAGGAAAUGACCUUGCUCGGGUCCUUGGCUGGGGCGGUUCGUGUGAUGACGACACCCAACUUCCUCAGAUCCUGGAGAAGCUGGAACGAGCCAGUACCAAAAUGUUGGACAGGUGGAGUAUAAUGACAUAUGAACUCAAAUUGCCAACAAAAGCUCCUCUACUUCCUGGACCUCCAGGACAAUCUGCAGGAUUUUAUAUGACAAUUUAUGAAGACUCAGUUGCAACUCAUCUUAAAACAAUCCUCAACACUGAUGAGCACGCGGUGAUUGUAUCAGCUGCAAACAUAUUAUGUGAAACUAUAAAGGACUUCGUUGCCAAAGUAGAGAAGGAAUAUGGAAAAACGUUGGAAAAUCCCGUUGAAGCGGAUGCCAUGGCCAGUAAAUGUUCAGUCCUAAAUGAGAAGCUUGAACAGCUGCUCCAGGCUUUGCACACAGAGGCCCAGGAGCUUCCAUUAACCCCAGGCGUGCGCCCUGUCAUUGUAGAAGAAGGUCCCGGGGAAUCGUCAAGUGAAGAGUCCUUGUGUGAAAGCAAGGAACAGCUCGCGGAUGACGUUACAUCCUCACAGAAAGCCGUCAAACCGACGGAAAUCAUGCUGCGGGCAAACAGUUUAAAGAAAGCAGUGAGGCAAGUCAUUGAACAAGCCAAAAAAGCUACGGACGAACAGAUAGUUCACCCCUGUGAACCAGUUAAUCAGUCACCUGAAUGUGAUAGCACCGAAAUAGCUGACCCAAAAGAAGAAGCUAAAGAUGAUGAUGCGAAAGAGGCAUUACCUGUGAAAACUGCUCCUCGGUCUCCAGAUUAUCGGACAAGUCACAGCAGUUUCCAGACUGAGCCCUCCAGUUCUGGUCCAGCUCCAGCAGCCUGCAAGGAAAACCUCCCUGUGCUCAAUACCAGAAUCAUCUGCCCAGGCUUACGAGCAGGACUAGCUGCGUCCAUUGCUGGGAGUUCUAUUAUCAACAAAAUGUUACUAGCAAAUAUUGAUCCUUUUGGUGCAACACCAUUUAUUGACCCAGAUCCAGAUUCAUUAGAUGGAUAUACAGAAAAAUGUGUCAUGAACAAUUACUUUGGGAUUGGAUUAGAUGCAAAAAUUUCAUUAGAAUUUAAUAAUAAGCGAGAAGAGCACCCUGAGAAAUGCAGGAGCCGGACUAAAAACUUCAUGUGGUAUGGGGUCCUGGGAACCAGGGAGUUACUACAGAGAUCCUAUAAGAAUUUAGAACAGAGGGUACAACUUGAGUGUGAUGGACAGUAUAUUCCUCUCCCCAGUCUGCAAGGCAUAGCAGUGUUGAACAUUCCCAGCUACGCUGGUGGCACUAAUUUCUGGGGUGGAACUAAAGAGGAUGAUAUGUUUACUGCACCUUCAUUUGAUGACAAGAUACUGGAAGUCGUUGCAAUCUUUGAUAGUGUGCAAAUGGCAGUUUCAAGGGUCAUUAAACUACAGCAUCAUCGAAUAGCCCAGUGCCGUGCAGUAAAAAUCACUAUAUUUGGUGAUGAGGGACUCCCUGUUCAGGUGGAUGGUGAAGCGUGGGUCCAGCCUCCAGGGAUUAUCAAAAUUGUGCACAAAAACCGAGCUCAGAUGCUAACAAGAGAUAGAGCUUUCGAAAGUACUCUGAAGUCUUGGGAGGAUAAGCAGAAGUAUGACUCUGGUAAACCAGUCAUCCGGACCCACUUGUACAUUCACCACGCUGUCGAUUUGGCAACAGAAGAGGUGUCGCAGAUGCAGCUGUGCUCCCAGGCCGCGGAAGAGCUCAUUACUAGGAUUUGUGAUGCAGCCACAAUUCACUGUCUUUUGGAGCAAGAACUGGCCCACGCUGUGAAUGCGUGCUCCCAUGCACUGAAUAAAGCCAACCCCAAGUACCCAGAGAGUCUUACGAGGGACAUUGCCACUGAGAUAGCCAUGAAUGUGAAGGCACUGCAUAAUGAAACGGAAUCUCUACUGGUCGGCAGGGUUCCUUUGCAGUUGGAAUCUCCACACGAAGAGCGAGUGUCAGAUGCUUUACACUCCGUGGAGGUAGAGCUACAGAAAUUAACAGAGAUUCCUUGGCUUUAUUACAUCUUCCAUCAGAACGAGGAUGAGGAGCCUCCUAUGGACUGCACCAAAAGAAACAACAGGAGCACAGUAUUCCGUAUAGUGCCAAAGUUUAAAAAGGAAAAGGUUCCGAAGCAGAAGACAAGUUCACAACAUGUUCAGAAAUGGGGCACAGAGGAAGUUGCUGCUUGGCUGGAUCUGCUCCAUUUGGGAGAGUACAAGGAAACCUUCAUCCGCCAUGACAUCAGAGGGGCUGAACUUUUGCAUCUGGGAAGGCGAGACCUUAAGGACCUAGGGAUACCGAAAGUGGGUCAUGUGAGACGAAUUCUCCAGGGAAUUAAAGAGCUUGGAAGGAGCGCUUCCCAGUCUGAGGGGUGAUCAUAUCGGUGCUAUUCCUUGGAAGAAAAGUAAUUGCGACGUAAUACAAAGCACUUGGAAGUAAUCUGCUAUUCUUGUACUUUUCUGCAUAGAUAAGGGAGUACCACUGAAGCACCUCUAUGGCUUGAUAUUUUGAUUUGAAGUAUUAGAAAAUAUUUUUGUGCAAAAAAAAAAAAAAAAAACCACAUUCCAUGAAGCCAUUUUCUUAUUAUGCAAACCUGACUUGUUCCAGUGUGCUCGUGUUAGUAAAAAGGUUAGAGGGGAUCAGAGACAAUUGCAUUGUCUGAAAGGAUAAAUGAGAAUUAUCAAAGUGUCUACUUUCCUUACACUUGGUCUGAGGGAAUGUUUUUAUGGUACAGCCACAGCAGUAUGUGGCUUGAACUUCUUCGAUGUCGUUAUAGAAAGCACUGGCUUCUUCCUUAAAAUCGAUGGUUAGGAGACUAAGAUACAUCCAGUUGUUUGGAAGGUUGGAUAGGUAUCAUCUCGGGUACCGGGCACUCAGUGGUCAAAGAAUAUGCUAAAAACCCCUUAAAUGCUCUGAAUGGAUGCAAAUCUUAAUGCACAGUGUUCCUACCUGAAUUGUCUUUCUUUUUCUUGCAUGUCACAUCUAAUAUUUUCAGACUUUAGCAGUUUUAAUAGAAUUUAAUUUAUUACUACCCAAGUACCAUUUUGUUAGCUCUGGGUAGUUUUCUGUUGUUUAGUGUGGAAUUUUGCAUAAGUAUUCUAUAUCAAAGAAUUUGCAAACGUGUGUGUCUGUACCAUAAUCAACAAAUGAUACGCAUCCUGUGUAAGCCAGUUUUGUUUCAACAGAUCAUAAACACUAGGUGUGCCGAUUUAGAAAAUUCUCUGGGUAUUUUCAUGAAAUUCCAUGCCCCAUUGCCUAACAAAACUUCUUACACCUUUCCAAACCCAAACUCCCACCUUUUGUUCUUAUGCUUACUAGUGAUUAUUUCAUAUUCUGUGUGGGUUUAUGUAGUAGCCUGUUGAUAUCCGGGAAUUCCCGAAGGUCUGAGAUUGGGCGUAUUGAGUGGUCACCCAAGGCUAAAGUGACUCCUGGCACGAACUUCCCAACAAAAGAGAUUUAAAUUCUUGCUUAAGGGCUUUACAUUAUUACUGUUACCAUCGUCUCACUUAAUUCUUAUACCUUAUGAGGUAGAUACUAUUUUCCUUUUUAUAAACCACUGUUCUAUGGGCACUUUCUGUUUUUUAAUGUAGAAUCUUGCAUAAAUAUUCUCUAUUGAAGAAUUCACGCACAUGCAUCUGUGCCAUGAUUUUGUUCCUUAGGAGUCAAGUGCAAUGAUUAAAUCGUUGAAAGCCAAGGGUGUACAUAUCAAAACAGUCACAAAAAAAUCCUUAAAUAGGCUUUGUCUAGACAUUACAUAUCAAGAAUUAAUUACAAUAUUUUAAAUUAUCCUGCAGAAGAAAAAUAAAUAGGGUACCGACCCAGUGGUGACAGGUUUCAUAAAGUAGCCUCUUAGGUGCUUAAUAGAUAGGUGUACAUACAUGUAUACAUAUACAUACACACAUACAUACGUAUAUUUAUGUGCAUAUAUACUCUUACAUACAUACUAUGUUGAGAUAUCCCAUCAUUCAUGUUUUCUAAACAAUUGUUUGCCAAGUAUUUAAAGAGAUAUUGAUAGAAGGACAUUUAAAAUGGCAUGUAAUUUAAUUAUAUAAAAGGAGUUUAUUUGACACUUUAUUCUUAUUCAUGACUUGGGCAUUUGACUAACCAAUAGAAAAUUACAAAAUUUGGAUCUCUCUGAACAAAAAAAAGAACCUGGUAGGUCCCUGACCAAACGUGUCUGACUAUGUAUCUCACUUGUCCAAGUCGUGAAUAAAUGAGAAUGUUCUAUGGGGAAUUAUAUCAAGUAGUUUAACACAGGAAUAAGCUACUCACUAAUAUUACUUUUAUCCACAUCUAUGAAAUCAAGUCUCUUUUUCUAGCCGCUUUUAUGUAGUUCCCACCCUCUAUGAUGACCUGCUUUUCUAAGCAUUUUUCUCUUAAAGUGGGAGAUGCCAGAUUCUCAGAAGGGAAGGGAAAGGAAGGGACUGAACUAUUCUGAUGUCACCAAUCCCUGUCCAGCUCGACCCAAAAUGGAAAGGUGGGUGGGGCAAAGAGAGGAGGAAUGCUAGAAAAAAAAUUAAUAUAAAAGUAUUAUUGAUUUCCACUAUUCAAAAAUACUCAUUUGCCAUAGAAAAGAUUCUCCAGCUACUGUAUGUUCAAGAUUUAAGCGUAAAAUGUGAAUGACUGAAAUUUUUUAUUUGCUGUUGAUGUUUGCACUUUUAAAUAACAUCUUUUAUAUAUUCUGUAAAACCACCAUUAACCAAAGCCUAGUGACUUGAAUCCUUAAUUAAUCAUACCUGGAUGAUGGGGGAGGGGGUAAGUGCAGUCACAGCCAGUGCCCACUGCCUUUCCUGGUCUCAUUUUCCAAAGCAAUUUCCUGCAAGUAGCGUUUGGAUGAGGAAUAUCUGUUACAAUGAAAAUUUUGACGUAUCUUUUGUUAAGUGAGAGCAGUUUGUCCUGUAAGCACUGUCCAGGUAUGGCUGCAUCAGAGCCAGACCACUUCACUCACACCUGAGAGCCAGAAUUGUGCCCUCAGAGUCCCCUGAGUCCCCUGGCAGCAUCACUGAGGAACCAACUUCUUAUACUAGAUAAAAAACCAAAAAAAAAAAAACCCAGUUGCCGUUGAGUUGAUUCUGACUCAUGAUAACCCCACGUGUGUCAGAGUAGAACUGUACUCCAUAGGAUUUUCAAUAGCUGUUUUUUUUUUUUUUAAGUAAAUUAGCGGGCCUUUCUUCCAAGGUGCCUCUGGGUGGACUCAAAUUAUCAGCCUUUCAGUCAGUAGCUGAGCCUGUUAACUGUACCACCCAGGCACCCUGUCUUACAGUAGACGGGGAUUACAAAAAUGUGGGGUAGGGGAGGAAGAGCUGCUCCGAGGCAUCUAAUCACAAUUCUGGGGCAUGCAAUGGAGGCCUGUCUUUUCUGAUCUUCGUACCUGAUUGCCAGCUAACCCACCCCCUCUCCUCCCCGCUGGGGCCUCCCAUACCUGGAUGAUUGGGGAGGGAGGGAGCGCAGUCACAGCCAAUGCCCACUGCCUUCCCUGGUCUCAUUUUCCAAAGUACUUUUAAAGAAGAAGAGGGGCAGGGUCGGCCCUAAGUAAAGCCUGGAAGUACACAAUGUUUCUCUUCGGUGUCCUUCGACCUCCCUUACUGAGUUUCUUCCUACUUCCUGGCUUUCUAUUUCCUCACAUGCCCGGUACGGCAAUGGCUGCUCAAAUUUUCACUGCUGUCAGCUGCCCCACUGCAAAAUGACCCUUGCUUCUCUCCCACUGCAGAUACACAUUGUGGGUCAGUUAGCUAAGGGUUGGGAAGAAAACACUUUAAAGAAUCUAAUUUUGCAGUUUGUAUUUUAUAAAACAGUACUUGCAAAUCUAAAUGAAUUGGGGGAUUAGAUCAUUUGGGGACUGGAGCAUGUACUGCUCUGACUGAGAAGAGGUGACCUGUGAAUGUCUGGAUCUAUGCUGUUUGAUGGUAGCCACUAGGCACAUGUGGCUAUUAAGAUUUAACUAGAAAUUCAUUCUCUUCAUUGCGGUAGCCACACUUCAAGUGCUCAGUAACCAUGGUGGACAGCACAGAUCUUGAACAUUUCCAUCAUUUAAAAAUGCUACUGCACUCUUAGACCCAUGCUACUCAAAAUGUGGCCCAUGGACCCGCAGCAGUCAGCCUCACCGGGGAGCUUAUAGAAAUGCAGAAGCUCAGGUCCACUCUGGACCAACCAAAGCAGAAUCUUACUUUCGGCAAGACUCCUCAGGUGAUCAGUACUGACCUGGAUCCAUUUUAUCUCGCCUGGAACCCGAGGUCUUCAGAAGGUCCUCAGGACAGCUUGCUGCCCAUCCCACUCUUUCCUACCCAUUUCCCAACUAAUCCUGGAAAUGAGCUGACACUCGUUCAUCACUAGCUGAGUUGUCUUCUCAAUCCUUAUUCCUAAUUCUGUUCUAGAUGCAUCCUGCCUACUCAGUGGUUAUGUUUUUGUAGUUGAGAUGGAACACAGGGGACGGGCCGACCAGGUGAGCUGGCCUCUCCACCCCUCAAUCUCACCUCUAAGCCACUUAGCCCACAUGUACUCACUUUGUGGCCCAGGUGAUGUGUUCAUUUGUUCUCAAGUGUUCUCACAGGGAACAUUUCAGAAGAAUACGUACUGAGAUAAGUUAAGACCAGGUCAGUCUCCUACAACCUGUACAAUUUCAUUUUCUCUUAUCAGUAGAUUAUCCUGUUGAUCUGGCUCAGGCUUGAGAACACACAGCAGCACAUACAGAUUAAAUGAAUCGUUAGGAAUGCAAAAAAAAGAACCAAAACCAUCACAAGUAAAGUGAAUGUUCAUUACAGCCCUCAAAGAAGACGUGUUUUGCUAGAUUAAGAUCUGUUUUCGUGUUACGCUAACUUGUCUUAAGUUUUACAUGGUUAAUAAUUCCUUAAAAUAGUGCCUGAGACAUAAAAUAUUGUACCCUCAAAAUAUGAAUCAUUUAAUUCUGUAAUAAAAUCUUUCCCAAUGGUUUAUUGGCAGGAAUCCCUCACUUCAGAAUUUUACAUAUUGAUGUAAUUUACCCAAACACUAUUGCCCGGGAUUUUUUAGCUAAUUAUAAUGUACUACUUCAGUCUUUGUGCAAGUUAUUUUUAACAGGAAUUCAAGAAGGAAAUACUCAUGCAAAAGCUAUGACUUAGGAAAUUUUCGGGCCCACUUUAGUGGAUACGUGUAUACAUUAUUUCUGAAACAAACUGUUACCUCCUACUGGUAUGUUAUAUGGAUGCAAAGUCAUUAAAGGGUACAGCUUUUAAUUAAGCUGUAAAAGCAUUAAGUCUCUCAGCCUGGAUAUCUAGGGUCUCCCCCGUCCCUCCCACAUGAGCUUAUCCUACAUAUUUCAGAUCAUGUUGGCUAAGACGUUGGUUUAGAGUUUGAUAAGAAGCAGUUUCAAAACACCAAGUUCUUUAUUCUCAGGAAUAGCCGCCCAAGCAGCUCCACAGUGCUUGGCGCUUCAUUCCCACCUCUCACCAACACCCCCUACCCUCCACACAUACACAGGAUGGGGGCCCAGAACUGUUUGUGUUCCAGCAUCUCCUUGUUGGCUUUUUUAAUAACAGUCUCUGUGUCAGAUGAUCAAUACGAUGCCUUUGCAAUAGGGCACCUUCCUAAAGAAGCCAAAACUUUAUAAAUGUGAUGGUUACUGGUUUUUAUACUACACAAAGCAUUAAUUUUUCCUUAUCUUUAUUGUUUUCUCAUCAUUAUUUUUUCCAAGUUUUGUUUAGGGGCAUUUCUAUGGAAGCAGUAGCUAUAAAGGUUUAUCAUUGCAGAGAACAGAGAGAGAAAAGACAGCUGGACUGUACCUGUCUGUAGAAUUCUUUCUGUUGUUUUUGGGAAAGGAGGUUUAACAGAGUAACUGGGACUGAAUUAAACUCAGUAACAGAUUUUAAUAUAAAUACUGUAUUACAUAAGAUAGGUAAAGAGAUUAAUUCCUUUGCUGUAACUAAGAUAUUCAAUUUACAGAUAUUUAUAUAUUCUUUCCUGAUUUCUUAUGCACUUCCAAGUUUUAGUGGGAAAAACACAAACCAAGCCACUACUCAAAAGUUAUUUAAAAACUCCACAUAAGUAUUUCAUUUUAGUACAAGUUCUUCGUUGUAUAGGAAUAUAAAUAGUCUGGAUAUUUUAUAAGAACUGAAUUUCAAGAGUAAAUUCACAAAGCAUAAGGAAACACAGGGUUCCUUUUAAAAUAAAGGAGUUUCAUACUCAGUUGAUAAUCCCAUUGAAGUAGGAUAAUGCGGUUAGAUAAAAAAAAAAAAUUAUACACAAGCUAAAAAGGAAAAAGGAUACAUUUUAUGGUCCUCAGUGUUUGCACUAUUGUUUACCACAGCUUAGCCAUAUCUAUUUCUGUAUUCUAAGUAUUAAGCUAAUAUGUAGCUAAAGAUUUCUUACAGUUCUGAUAACUGGUAAUUAGUGCUGUGAAAGAUUUUGACAUUGUAACAUUCCCAGUUUUGUGAGUUAUAUAUUGUAUAUUGAAGGUGAUUAAUAAAUUGGAGUAAUAUAUUUAUCUAGAGCUGGGAAAAUAUAAUUAUUUUCAAAUCUUCAAAUCUUCUUCCUCAUAAGUGAGAUAAUGGUCUUACUUGUAUAUUAAAAAUGUCUAUUUAUACAACA